UUGGUGCGGGCUGGCACAGUGUGGUAAGUCCCGGAACACUGCCUGGAACAAGAACUGAUCAUCAGAGCAACUAUGAACUUUCCAUUACCUCUCACAACUCCACCAAAGCUUCUCUCCACAGACCUGGAAAACUCUACAAUCCAGAAGCAGAGGAAAGAACUGCAGUUACUAAUUGCAGAGCUGAAAGACAGAGAGAAAGAGCUCAAUGACAUGGUAUCAGUGCACCAGCGCCAGCUCCUGGCCUGGGAGGAUGACCGUCAGAAGGUUCUUACUUUGGAACAAAAGUGCUCCAGGCUUGAAAAUGAACUCCAGAAAAGGAAUGAAAUAAUCAGGUCCCUAACCCAGAGGAUAAAACUAAUGGAAACCCAGCAACAUGACCGGAGGACAACGUUGGAGAACACUCAGCAGCAACUGCAGGAAUUGUCCUUCAAAGCAUCAGAAGCAACCAGUCAGUGCCAGGAGCUGGAGGAAAGAAAUAAGAGUCUAAAUGAGUCAGUACUGGAGCUUUCUGGCCAUAUUGGACGGUUACAAGCCAGGGAACAGGAGUUGGCAACAUUGCUAAAGCUCAAGGACAAGGACAUCAUUGAGACGACCAAUCACAUCACAGAGUUCACCUCCCGCUUUAAAGAGCUGGAAGCAGGACUGAGGGAGACCAGACUUGGGGAAGCCUCUGCUAUUAAGGAAAUACAAGAUCUGAAGCAGAGGUUAAAAGGAUUGAAGAGUGAAGUUGAUAAACUAAGAGAUGAUCUCAUCCAAAAGACUGCAGAAAAUAAUGAGCAGAGAGAGGAACUAAUUCGUCUGAAACAGGAGAGUGCAUACUGGCAGGCUGAAUUGGCUUUUGCAACGGAGAGAGAGAGGCGCAAAGAUCAGUUACUUCUGCUGGCAAAAUCAAAACAGGGUAGAACAGACACGGAACUUCAGAACCUUCGGCAGAUUUAUAUGAAACAGCAUCAUGACCUACAGUUUCUUCACUUGACUUUAGAAUGUUCCCAGGAUACGCAGAAGCACGAACAGAAUGAGGAUGACACUAGUGAUGGCCCGUUAGACCUAAAAUCCCUGUCUCUGGAGACCCCUGGGAAAGAUGGAUUACUAGGAAGCAGCCCGAGCCAUCUUAGUUUUCUUUCAGAAUUGAAGGGACCGCUAAUGCAUUCAACACUUAGAGACUCAACAGGAUCUAAGAUCCAGAAGUCCCCAUCUCCAACAUCCAAGCUGCAGCAGUUACUAGCAGAGUCACGUCAGAUGGUGGCAGAUCUUGAGUUUAGUACCCUGCUCCCGGGGUCUUACACCAGUUCCAACAUUUGCGGGGACCAGAACAGGCAAAGAGGAGAACCAUCACAGGAGACAAAUCUUCAAGAACUCAACAGCAGGAAACCUAACACAAGUAGACUUUCUUGAUUAUCUU